AUUCCGUAUUAUUUGGGUAAAAAAUCUUCCCAUUAAAAUAAAAAAUGGGAUUGGAACUGACUAUGGUAGAUUGACAUCCCUAUCUAAAACUCCAAAAAGGGUUUAACAUCUCCGAGAGUUUGAAAAGCCUCGCUUCACACUUCAAAGUACUGUUCUUUUUUUUUUUUUCUUCCGCAUAAAUCAGAAAAUUUUCAACCUUUUCAAGAGCUCCAAUUUUUGUUUAAUUUCUGAUGGAGCUUCGCAAUCCUCUUCUUAUCUUUGAAACCCCACGGCUUUUUUCCAGCUUCUCAUCUUUCACUCCCCAACUUACCAUCAAAACUUCCAACAAAAAGCCCCUGCAUGGAUUCCGCAAAACACCAUUGUUUCCACGCUUCUUACCAUCAUCGGCUACCUCUGUUUUUCACGUCUCAGCUCAUUUUGGUCGGGCAACGAGCCGCCGCAACUCGCUGAGGAAAAAGCUCCUGCUUGAUCAUCAAACGGUGCGUCAAAAUCCCACUCCUUUAAACCCCACUCCUGAUUUUCAAAACCCAAGUAGCACCAAACAGAGUGAUGUAGAUGAAUUGAAAUCAAAGCUUUUAGGUGAAUCUGUUUUGUUGACUAAAUUAGAGGAUUGGAUUGACCAGUAUAAGAAAGAUACUGAGUUUUGGGGUCUUGGGUCGGGUCCUAUUUUCACAGUUUUGCAUGAUUUGGAAGGGAAUGUAAAAGGGGUCACAGUUCAUGAGGAUGAGAUUCUGAAAAGACUUGAAUUUGAAGACAUGGAGAAGUUGAAUUCUAAAGUUUUGUAUGCUAAGAAUUUGGCUAGUGAGAUGGAAAGGGGUGAAAAUGUGAUUCCAAGGAAUAGUUCAGUAGCCGAGUUUGUUGUUUCUGAUCAGGAGUCUAGUUUGGUUAGUGGAAUUCAUGGUGUUAUUCUUCAUCCUGGGUUCAUCCCAAAACUCUCAAAGGUUGGGGGUUUGGUGCUUGGUGGUUUGGUUGUACUUUGGGCGGUGAAGAAGUUGUUUGUUCUUGGAAACAAGGAGGUAGAAUAUACAAAAUUGGAGAAGGAAAUGCUGAGGAGAAAGAUUAAAUCUAGGAAGGAGAGAGAGGUGUUGCAGAAGGGUAGUGUUGAAGUUGUUCAGACAUCCGUUGAUCCGCCUAGUGUGUCCUUUCAAAAACCAAAGCUGGAUAGGCAAGAACUUAGAAAUAAUAUAUUUAAAGCGAAGGCGGCAACAGAUAAAUUGGCAUUGCUUGAUUCUUCUGGCUUUCAGAGUAGCAAAUCUGUGGAUGUUGAGAGUGAAAUCCAGGAAAUUAAAGUGAUGGCCAAUAAAGCCCGGGAGACUGAAGGUAGAGAGCAAUCUGUGGUUGGUAAGGAUGAAAAAGAAGUAAGCACCACAAACAAUGAAUUUUUUAAUGAGAUGCAGGCAAUUGAAGCUGCAGAACAAGGCAAGGUUAGCUACAGAACUGUGGAGUCAACGUAUCCAUGUGAACCAAAAGAUGAUGGUGUUAAAUUUCUCAAUGGAGUAGCUUCUUUAGAUAGUAGAGUUAGGCAAGUCACUGAUGCUUCAAUUGUGCAGUUAUCAAAAGACAAGCAAAGCACUGAAGAGGAUUUAAAAAAUAUGAAGAGUACUUUACCCUUAUUAGUCAAAGAAGAAGUUAUGCAGUCGCCCAUUAUUCCUGAUAACGAAUCGUAUAUUGCAAAGAGCCAGUUAUCAAAAGACAAGCAAAAUACUGGAGAGGAUUUAAAAAAUAUGAAGAGUACUAUACCCUUAUUAGUCAAAGAAGAAGUUAUGCAGUCGCCCGUUAUUCCUGAUAACGAAUCGUAUAUUGCAAAGAGCCCAUCUUUUGGAAAGAAACCAAGGGUCAUACUGUCAGUCAAGGAAGCUAGGGAGUUCCUUUCCACAAAAUCCAACAAAGAGUUUAACCCAGAACCCAUGGUGAAAGAUGUGCAAGAAAGUGUUCCUGGUUUAAUGCUACCAAGUAAUAAAAGAUCAGGUAGAAGCACAAAGCAAAUAACAGAUGAAAACAACAAAAUGUUCCCACAUGCCAUUUCCAGUGGAGAGUCAGAGUCUAUGCCUUCUGAAAAUGCUUGUCAGCAUGCUAUUCAGGGGGAUAAAGAGUCUGUCCAUAGUGAGGAAAAUGAUGAAGAAUGCACAGAAGAGGUUCACCAACAACCUCCAUUUUCUUCUCAAGAAAGCACUGGUAUGAUUGCAGAACAAAGACAAUCAGUAAAGAUGGAGAACUGGAUAGAGAAUAAUUUUCACGAGGUUGAACCUGUACUCAAAAAGAUUGGAGAUGGAUUUAGAGAAAAUUACAUGGUUGCCAGGGAGAAAGUUGGCGAUCAAUUAAAUAUGCAUACAGAGAUUACACAACUUUGCACUAACGAAGAUGAAAGUGAACUUGAGUGGAUGAAGGAUGAUAGACUUAGAGAAAUUGUUUUUCAGGUCCGAGAAAAUGAGUUGGCAGGCCGAGAUCCCUUUUAUUUGAUGGAUGCUGAAGAGAAACUUGCAUUCUUCCAAGGUCUGGAGAAUAAAAUUGAGAAAGAAAAUGAAAAACUGUCUCACCUGCAUGAGUGGCUCCAUUCAAAUAUCGAAAAUCUUGAUUAUGGAGCAGAUGGUAUCAGCCUGUAUGAUCCACCAGAAAAGAUUGUUCCACGCUGGAAGGGGCCCCCAUUAGAGAAAAGUCCUGAGUUUCUCAAUAACUACCAAGAACAGCGAAAAGCACUUUUUACUGGAAAUGGUGGUAUAACAUAUCCAGCAAAAACUAAUGGACAAAGUUUCCUUCAGAAAUCUGCAGAAUCCCCCAUUAAUGAAAAUUUAGCUAUUUCUUCAUCAGAGUCAGAUUUGAAGAGAAAAUUCAGUGAUGGUGAUCCAAAAGAUUCCAAGAUAGUUGUAGAAGGCAGUGAUGGUUCUGUCAAACCUGGUAAAAAAUCAGGAAAGGAAUAUUGGCAGCACACAAAGAAAUGGUCUCGUGGGUUUUUGGAAUCCUAUAAUGCAGAGACUGACCCAGAAGUUAAAUCCAUCAUGAAGGAUAUAGGGAAGGAUUUGGACCGAUGGAUCACUGAAAAAGAGAUGCAGGAAGCGGCAGAUCUGAUGACAGAACUUCCUGAGAGAAAAAAGAAAUUCAUGGAAAAGAAACUCAACAAGCUUAAAAGAGAAAUGGAAUUAUUUGGACCACAAGCUGUUGUCAGCAAGUACCAAGAGUAUGCAGAGGAGAAGGAAGAAGAUUAUUUAUGGUGGUUAGAUCUUCCACAUGUGCUGUGUAUUGAAUUAUACACAUUCGAAAAUGAGGAGCAGAGGAUGGGAUUUUAUGCACUGGAGAUGGCAGCAGAUCUUGAAUUGGAGCCAAAACCACACCAUGUGAUUGCUUUUGAAGAUACCGGUGAUUGCAAAAAUUUUUAUUACAUCAUUCAAGCUCACAUGGAAAUGCUAGGAAAUGGGCGGGCAUUUAUUGUUCCACAGCCACCUAAGGAUGCAUUUCGGCAAGCCAAAGCAAAUGGUUUUGGUGUAACUGUCAUCAGGAAAGGAGAGCUAGAGCUCAAUGUGGAUCAAACUUUGGAAGAGGUGGAAGAACAAAUAUGUGAGAUUGGGAGCAAGAUAUACCAUGAUAAGAUGAUGCGAGAGCGCUCUGUGGAUAUAAGCUCAUUGAUGAAGGGCGUGCUUGGUGUUAGUGGCAAACCCACAAGGAGAAGGAGGUCAAAGAAGAAGCUGAAAAGGCCUACCAAGAAUGAAAUACUCAGUUCUUACACCCAAGUGAGAACAGAGGACUGACAUCAAAAUAGACCACUUGAGAAGUUUAGGGUCAUUGAG